AUGGAGUUAUGCCCCAACUGCAACUUGGGUGAAUAUCCAUCUAUCGAGGCGGUAAUUCUGCAUCUUAAUUCUCAGUCUACCUGUUGGCCAUCUGAAGCACGACCACAAGAAUUACCUGUCCCUCCUGUAUUCCGUCGAGGUGCCAAUUCAAGCGAUCAGACGCCCGCAGCUGGUACUUGCCAUCCACGCUCUGGAUAUGUCUUUGGUGUCGGCAGGAAUAUGCUCGAUAGGUUGGAAGAUGAUGAGUAUGCGUAUCGGCGGAAGAUAAACCACCACUACCCUUUCCGUGAUGAAGGUGAAUGGGAAUUAGGGAAGUUCUUGGUUGAAAACCUCAACCAAACCCAAAUCACCAAGUUUUUGAAGUUAAAAUGGUUUAACACACGUGAAAGACCCUCUUUCACCACGAAAGAUCAACUCUUAGACUGGAUGGACUCGCUCCCUUGUUUUACGGAGUGGAAAGUUUCCAAAAUGGAGUUUUCGGGCUACAAGACAGUCUAUCCCAUCGAGCUUGUUUGGCGCGAUGCGAUGGAGGUCGUUAAACAACUCUUUAGCGACCCGAUCUUUGCGAAUCAUAUGACUUUCAACCCGCACAUUGUCAAUGUCGGAAACCAACGUGAAUACGGAGAUUACAUGAGCGCUGACAUGGCAUGGAAAAUUCAGGACCAUCUUCCUUUCGGUGCAACUCAAGUGCCAAUUAUCCUGGGGUCCGAUAAAACUGCUGUAACACGACUCACAGGGGGACUUGAGAUGCACCCAGUUUUCGUCACUAUCGGCAACAUUGAUUCCGAGGUUCGCUCCAAGGCAACAUUACGAGCUUGGCGCUGCGUUGCCUACAUGCCGAUUGUCAAGUUUCGCGUGCAUCCGGACUAUCAAAGCAUUCUCCAGGCACGGCUAUGGCAUAAAUGCAUGGACCUCGUUUUUGCCAACCUCAAGGCCGCAGCAAUGGACGGCUGUUUCAUGCCUGAUCCUUCCCGAUACAUUCGCUAUGUUUUCACGCCUCUCGUGGCUCAUGUAUGCGACCUGCCGGAGGCUAUUGAUCCUUGGGAGCUUGACAAGUUCCAGAAAGCAGCCAAACUUGUCAAUCUGUCCGGAGUACACAUGCCGUUUUGGCGUGAUUGGGUGUUCGCAUGUCCGUCUGUCUUCCUCGCUGGCGAGCUUCUGCACACUUGCCACAAGUUUUUUGCUGAUCACCCGCUCAAAUGGAUUAAGGAGGCUGUAGGAAAUCACGAGCUUGAUAAGCGCUUCAUGACCCAGCAUAAGCGGGUCGGGACGCGCCACUUCGCAAAAGGUAUCACGCACGUCAAGCAAAUGACGGGCCGUGAGCACAGAGACAUACAACGCACUGUCGUUGCCUCGAUCGCAGGUGCCGCUCCACCUAGAUUCGUUCGCGCAAUCCGUGCCCUUGUGGAAUUCAUUUACCUCGCCCAGAAUCCGGUUCAUUCACACCAAUCACUUCAAUCAAUGGUGCAGGCACUUUCGGACUUCCACUCUUUCAAGGAUGCUAUCAUCGAGGCCGCAGCGAGGAGGGGGAAGAAGGGCGCCAAGGAAGAUUUUUUCAUCCCGAAACUUGAGCUACUGCAAAGCUUCGAGGGUACGAUCCAGAGAUUGGGCACUUUGAUGCAGUUUUCAGCUGACACGACGGAGCGCUUGCUCAUAACACACUGUAAGGAACUUUUCCCGCGGACAGCCCGGCAGAGCAAAGAUUUCACAGAGCAGUGUGUACGGAUUCUUAACCGCCAAGAAUCAAUGGAGAUAUUUGACCUGUACGCACUGUUGACUUCAUGGGGGGCGCCGCUUGUCAAUGCCAUACACACGGAAGAUGAGGAGGUUACAACUACAAAUCCUGCGCUCUCCUGGGUUUCCCGUGUUCUCCCUGACGAAGUCAACUCGGUCCGUGGUCCACGACCAGUCCGCAACCACUUUUUGAAGGGCAUUCUCUCUGAAGAUGCCCUCACUGCUUUUCAAUUGAAUGUCGCGCCAGAUUACAAGUCGCUGUCACCAGUUGAAAUUCGCACGAAAUUCGCUCUCCCCGACUUUGAUCGUGCGCUUGCUGAUUUUAUUCGUCGUUCAGCCCCGCCCAGCGGCGAGCGUGCCAGCUGGGACCCCAAAUAUGGGCGCUUUCAGACGUGGAACAAGUUUCGGCUGCAGCUUCAUUCAGCAUUCCAGCCACGAGUCAUCAUGCCCAGCAGAGUAGUACAAGCAUACCCACCCAGCGACAAUUUUCCCUUUGGCAAUUGCGACACCGUUCUCGUUGACGGCACGGGCGUUGAAGGCAGAAUAACGAGUUGCGUUGCACAGGUUCGAUUGAUUUUUCAGCCCAUGAUUCGACGAGGUUCCAACCUGGUACUGCCAUCGUGCCUCUCCGACCCGCUUCUCUAUAUCCAAUAUCUCCCCUUUGUUUCUAAUCCUGACGAACGUCCCGAACUCGCCAUGUGGACUGUGGAGCGUGCGUACAUGCACGAUGAACACGGUGGCCGCCAUAGGAAGGGGGCUGUUGUGCGGAUGACAGAUGUAACACAUGCGGUUGAAUUGAUACCGGACUAUGGCGAGGCAGUGGGCGACGGCGUGUCCUCUGCGACUUGCUUGGAAACCUUCGAGCGUUUCUUUCUGAACAACUUCGCGGACAAGGAGAGCUAUCAUACAUUCAGUACCGAGUUUGUAUAG